CAAAUAUUUUUCAAUAGUGUAGUUUACAAUAACAUUCAUAAUUUAAACAAUCUUGUGUAAAAAUAAGUGACAAUGGCCGGAGUUUUAUUUGAAGAUAUAUUCAAUGUCAAAGAUAUUGAUCCAGAGGGAAAGAAAUUUGACAGAGUGAGUCGACUACAUUGCGAGAGCGAAUCUUUCAAAAUGGAUUUAAUUUUAGACAUCAAUUCAUGGCUGUACCCAAUGGAGUUAGGUGACAAAUUCCGAUUGGUACUGGCAACUACCUUAAGAGAAGAUGGUUAUGCUGACGCUGGUGACUGGAAUCCUCAAGGAUUGGAAAAUGAAGGAUCAAGGGCAGACAGUUUCGAAUACGUAAUGGCUGGCAAAGUGUAUAGGAUAGAAGGUGAUGAAGCAGCUAACGAACCAUCAAGCAGAUUAGCUGCUUAUGUAUCUUUUGGAGGUCUCCUGAUGCGGUUACAAGGCGAUGCGAAUAAUUUGCACAGUUUUGAAGUAGAUCAACAUAUGUAUCUGCUAAUGAAGAAGAUUUUCAUGUAAUUUUUGUACUCCCUUUUUAUAUAUUGAAAUAUACUAAGUUUAAAUUA